CACAUGUUGCACAGUUUUACUCGGUGUCGGGUAAUUUACAGCCAACGCUAACCGACCAUUUUAAAUAACUAAUAUGUAAGCAAGGAGGACUCAAAGUCACUGCUUAAUGACUAUUAAUUUUCAAAUGAAAUAAGAACUGGAAAGAAAGUUAAUGGAGGAUUUUUACGCGCGACACAAAACGUAGGCCUUCUUCAGACAAAGCCGACGCCUGCCAAAGAAGAACAGGGACUCUCGCCUGUAACAUGUGGAUUAUCUGGAAGACAUGUAGACUAAUAAUAAACCGGGUGGGAAUUCGGCAGGUCUUGCAACCGUUGGUAUAAUGUGCAACGCCACGCAAGGGUCAAUGAAAGGCACCCAGAUCUUCAUUCGACUAACUUUUCAUGACAACAGGCUGUUCACCUGAGCUAAAAAAAAAUUACAUUUGGAUUGUAUUUAUAAUAAUCUUCUGGCGUUUACACAAAAACCUCCUGGAACUAUUUGAUUGACAACCUUGUGCUGCAUCCCAGAAGUAUAAAAUGAGCCUUUUUUCCUUCGUGAAAACUAAUCAGUGUGUUUGUGUUCGCAACAGAAUUGCCAAGCGACGGAGAAAGGUAACCUAUAUGCGGUUUCGGGCAAAUAUCCUAAAUUUGUGACCCCGUGGGUUUUACAUGGAGAAAAGAACUGACAGGACAAAAACUAUCAGAUCAGAGAUGACUGCAUCUCCUACACCGGUGCCGUCGUCUCCGAUUAUGAUUCCAUGUUCUCCAGUCCUGGAGCCGACCACCCCCGGAAGGCGGUCAUCCUCCCCGUUCAGGUCUCCUACUCCGGUGCUGAUGACGUCUCCGAAACUAUGGCACAAAUCUUCAGUGUCCCGGCUAGCGGAAGAGUUUUUCUGGAUUGGCGGUAGCAUUGUGGCCACACCAAAAUGGAGAAUGGGGCAAAUAGUGGAGAGGUGCAUGAGCUGCAUGCAGGCCGGGACUCGGAUGGUGAAGCUGCGCGGGUCCUCCAGGGGCCUCACGCGCUGCUACUACCUGGAUGAGCACAAGUCCUGCGUCCGCUGGCGGCCCUCCAGGAAGCACCAGAGGGCCAAGAUUACCAUAGACUCUAUCCGCGAGGUUUGUGAGGGCAAGCAGUCAGAGAUCUUCCAGCGCUACGUGGACCGCAACUUUGACCCCAACUGCUGCUUCACCAUUUACUAUGGAGCCCACAUGCAGUCGCUGGACCUCGUCACCAGCACCGGGGAAGAGGCACGCACCUGGAUCACAGGCCUGAAGUACCUCAUGGCGGGCAUCAGUGAUGAGGACAGCCUGGCCAAGCGACAGCGCACCCGAGAUCAGUGGCUGAAGCAGACCUUCACGGAGGCAGACAAAAAUGGCGAUGGCUGCCUGAGUAUUGGAGAAGUACUUCAGCUUCUCCACAAGCUGAAUGUGAACCUUCCCAGACAAAAAGUCAAGCAGAUGUUCAAGGAAGCGGACACGGAUGACAACCAAGGCACGCUGGCCUUCGAGGAGUUCUGCACCUUCUACAAGACCAUGUCCACACGCCGUGAUCUGUACCUUCUCAUGCUCACCUACAGCAACCACAAGGACUACAUGGACACAGAUGACCUGAUCCGCUUCCUGGUGAUCGAACAGAAGAUGAGCAAUGUGACAAGAGAGCAUUGCCUGGAAAUUGUGAGCAAGUUUGAGCCCUGUCCUGAAAACCAGGAUUUGCUGGUUCUUGGCAUUGAUGGCUUUACCAACUACAUGCGGAGUCCUGCGGGAGACAUCUUCAACUCGGAGCACUAUGAGGUGAACCAGGAUAUGACCCAGCCUCUCACCAACUACUUCAUCAAUUCCUCGCACAACACCUACCUGACGGGCGACCAGCUGCUCUCCCAGUCCAGGGUGGAUAUGUACACUUACGUACUGCAGGCCGGCUGUCGCUGCGUCGAAGUUGACUGCUGGGAUGGUCCGGAUGGAGAGCCAAUUGUGCGCCAUGGCUAUACCCUCACUUCAAAAAUUUUCUUCAAAGAUGUCAUAGAAACAAUCAACAAAUAUGCAUUUUCCAAAAGCCAAUACCCUGUGAUUCUGUCUAUUGAGAACCACUGCACAGUACCCCAACAGAAGAAGAUGGCUCAGUAUCUCUUGGAGGUGCUUCAAGACAAGCUGGACCUGUCCUCCAUUAAUAUGAACGAAUGCAGACGUCUCCCCUCUCCAGAGAUGCUGAAAGGGAAAAUUCUGGUUAAGGGGAAGAAACUCCCUGCAAACAUUGAUGCGAAUGCAGAGGAAGGGGAUGUGUCUGAUGAAGACAGCGGUGAAGAGACUGAAGAUGAAAACAAGGUGACAAGUGCAGAUGGUAAGAGUGAGGAAGGCACAGACAGCACCACCGAUGCAAACCCCGGGACCAACAAGCCCCUCAACAGGUCCCUCAUGGGAAGCUUCAAACGCAAGAGACGGCGAGUGAAAGUAAAGAAGGGAUCCAGCCUUGAGGACACUGAUACGGAUCAGGAGAGCUCCUCUACUGCCCCCAGGGGAGCUGUGGUGCAUUACAGCAGGAGGAGGAAGACCAUGCGGCUUGCCCGAGCCCUGUCUGACCUGGUCAAGUACACUAAAUCUGUCCGUGUCCAUGACAUUGAGACACAAGCGGCAACAUGCAGUUGGCAGGUAUCAUCACUCAGUGAGACCAAGGCCACUCAGAUCAUGCAGCUGAAGCCAGCCCAGUUUGUGCGCUUCAACCAGAGGCAACUUGUGCGCGUCUACCCUUCUUCCUACCGUGUGGACUCCAGCAACUACAACCCCCAGCCUUUCUGGAACUCCGGUUGCCAUCUGGUUGCCUUAAACUACCAGUCAGAAGGCAGAGUUCUGCAGCUCAACAGAGCCAAAUUCUCCAGCAAUGGUAACUGUGGGUACAUCCUGAAACCCAAGUGCAUGUGUAAAGGUGCCUUUAACCCUAUGUUGGAGGACUCCUGGCAAGACCAGGUAAAGACGCAGUUGAUACUGAAGAUAAUCAGUGGCCAGCAGCUACCCAAGCCAAAAGGCUCCAUGCUGGGGGAUCGAGGCGAGAUUAUUGAUCCCUAUGUGGAGGUGGAGAUCAUCGGCCUGCCGGUGGACUGCUGCAAGGACCAGACUCGGGUUGUGGAUGACAAUGGAUUCAAUCCCAUGUGGGAGGAGACCCUCGUCUUCACUCUCCACAUGCCACAGAUCGCGCUGGUGCGCUUCCUGGUGUGGGAUCACGACCCCAUCGGCAGGGACUUCAUUGGACAGAGGACCAUUGCCUUCACGAGCAUGCUGCCAGGAUAUCGGCACGUGCAUUUGGAAGGUAUAGAAGAGGCUUCUAUUUUUGUUCAUGUCGCUGUGAAUGACAUCACUAGUAAGGUGAAACCUGCCAGUGGAAUAAAAGGGAUAUUUCACAGAAGCCAUAAUCAGGGCUCUCCGGACAGCGACACGUUUGUGCAGCUGAAGCGCAAGCCUACUUUUCGGGAAAAGCUCCUGCACAGAGCGGCGAACGGCCCCACCAAGGCCCGGCACAAAGCCCGGAGGCGGGGCCACAAGCCCCCCGUUGAGGAGGACAGCUCUGAUUCGGAGUCUGAACAGGUGCGAGACCAGCGUGGCGCCACUGGGGACCUGAAUGAUGGACAGAUACCGGGCAGGUUGGUGCAGAGCGAGCCACUCAGGCGCGCAAACAGGGUGCAGAUCCAGGAGCCGGUGCAUAAAGAGCAGGGCCUCCUUAACCGCCUGUCCAGCCACAGCCCCAGAAGGGGUAGUGUGGCCACCGGCUGCAUCCGGUGGGCGGUCGGCUCCAAAGGGGGUUCCAGCCAAGAGCUUGGAUCUCCCCACAGGCCGGAACCAACCCAGCGGGAGAGAGUGACAUCGGAGUCGAGGUGGGUGCAGCCUGAACCCCCCCAAGAAACUGACAACCAUCCCCCGCCCGCGGACUGGCCCCAACCCAAACUGCCUCCCUCCCCCUGGGCCAGAAGGAGCCUGGACACCCGGCGCAACAAACACGGCUCCGACCCCCAGCCGGGAAACACGCGGUCCUGCAGCAUGCCCAGGAGGAGACUCCCCUCCCCCACACCCCCGGCACCGGGCGGCAGGUCCAGCUUAAACUGGCAGAGGCCUGGGUGCACGGGCACGGGCAUUGGCAGAAGGCUGGCGCAGGCCGUGUCUGACUCUGAAAGCCUCUCUGACAGCGACUCCCCCAGCAGUGCGGACAGCUCGGACAGCCUGGACAGCAUCGACUUCCUGCCGUCGCGCUGGCCCGAUGACAGGCGGCCGGCCGUGGGAACGCUGCAGAGAGAGAUGAGCGCUCUCUUUGACCAGAAGAUGGACGAAAUCCGCGGUAAAUCUCCCAUAUUCUUCACUGGUAAGAGCUGACUGGUGCCCUAACUGCCCAGCCAAGACCCAUUCACAGAGUACUCUGUGCUGUGGUUAGCUCCUUGAGGCCCUCCCACGGAUAGCACUGUGAUGAGAUUAAUUAGCAUCUCAGGGCCCACCCAUGGAGAGUGCUCUCUCGAUGGUUAAAACACCAGAGACUGUGAAGUUAUGCGCUCAGAUCUUUCUCUUUUGUUUUGUUCGGCACCUCUUGGAACGCUAGAGCAGAACUGCUAAGAUGACCAACAGUCAGAUGAAGAGGCCUUUUGAACUCCAAUACCCUUCUACUGAUGUACUCUGUUUUCUUUUUUGUGAACUUCCUGUCUGUUUUCUACUUCCUUUUCAGGAAUUAAAACUGCCUUGUGGGUAUUUGAAUGACUCAUUUAGGGUAUUUAAUGAGGAACUGGUUUCUGGUUUGCAAUUGAUGUGUGUGGAACAGUUGCCUAGUAAACUGUGUCAUCCUUGACAUUUUGACUAUGCAUUUUGACUAUGGGUUUUGCCAUUAUAAUGAUUUGAUUUGCAUUUUUUAUUUUAUUUUUAUUUUUACCAUCAAUAUGUCCUUUCAUGAAUUUGUCUAACAUUGAGAUGUCAAUUCUGGUUAGGGUAGUGUCCAGAACCUAAUAAGCUAAGCUGUGCAUUUAAAUUUCUAACAAAAAAAAGAGAACUUCUUGUUAAGGUUAUAUUUUAAGUAAUAAUCAAUGAAUAUUAUCAUUUAUAAUCAUGACCAUUCUCUUUGCCAUAUGAUCAUUUUUGUGCAAAUGUUAUUUACAUUUCACUCUUCUGAGAAAAAGGACAGGUGGAGAUUGAGAAUUAGAAUAUGAAAAGAGAUUUCUAAAAUUAUACAUAAUAAUGGUAAUAUAACAUAUGUAUAUUGUAAUGGUUUCAUUGGGUUAAUGUAGUAUUUAUGUAUUUAAAUAAAUAUUUAAAUAUUUCUAUAUUAAUAUAUUAAUAUUUUUCUAUAUAAAUUUAAAUUGUAAGUGUAUUUAUUUUCAAAAUUUCUGUUCUGUACCGAACCUGUGUGUGUCUUUCAACAUGCUAAUUCACAAGAGAAUCACUGUGCCUUAAUUGCUAGCUGCAACCUCACUGUCUGAGCAAAUAUAAAUGUAUGUAUUUUUUUAAUUUGUCUCGAUACUGAUGAGGUCCUAAUAACAAACAUAUUUGCAAUUUAGUAGCAUAAAAAGGAGCACUUCAGUUAGCAGGAUGUUCUGAUCUCAGCACAAACAAGGACUUCCCCUGGGACCUGCCAGUGAUGUGCAUUAUCCUAAUGACCUCUUUUCAUAUUAGUGUUACUCAACUCAAAUGUACAACAGAUGUUAUCCAACAAAAUGCAAGAAAUAAAUGUCAACACAAGCUUGGUCAA